AUGAAUGAACCAUCAGAUCCAUCAAGACGUGUCAAACCACGUACAAAACAACGUCCACCUCCGCCGCCGUUUUAUAUCCCUCUCAACAUAACGCUUUAUCUGUGUCUCAUUUCUAAUGGAAUUUCCGCUUUCCUUGCGCCUAUUCAGGACUGCGAUGAAGUAUUCAACUUCUGGGAGCCUACACAUUACUUGAAUCAUGGAUAUGGUCUUGAAACAUGGGAGUAUUCGCCCGUCUACUCGAUCCGAAGCUGGCUUUACGUCUCCCUUCAUGCAGCCGUCGGAAAAUUCGGCUCUUUUCCAUUUCAGAGCAAGACUUCUGAGUUCUACGUGAUCCGUUUCUUCCUGGCUCUUGUUUGUGCUGCUUGUCAGACAAGACUCUACUCCGCCAUUUGCCGCACCCUCAGCCCCCGAAUUGGCCUUUUGUUCCUCAUGGCCGUCGCUUUCAGCCCGGGCAUGUUCCAUGCGUCUACCUCGUUCCUUCCAUCUAGUUUUACUAUGCAUACGUCAAUGCUGGGUCUCACGGCGUUCCUGGAUUGGAGAGGUAGCCAGAAAACAGCGCAGGGAAUCAUGUGGUUUGGUCUCGGUGCGAUUGUGGGCUGGCCAUUUGCUGGAGCUCUCAUCAUUCCUCUACUACUUGAAGAGGUCAUUAUUGGAUUUAUCUCGGGUUCCAUGUUGAAGACAUUCGGAGGCAUUUUCAAAGGAAUCUUUGGGUGCUUGGCAAUCUUAGCACUCGAGAUUGCUGCUGACUAUGUUUUCUUCCGGAAAUUUGCCAUCGUUCCAUGGAAUAUUGUUGCUUACAACAUUUUCGGUGGACAGGGAAGAGGCCCCGAGAUCUUUGGAACAGAGCCCUGGACGUUCUAUAUCCGGAAUCUCCUGCUGAACUUCAACGUUUGGUUCAUUUUGGCUAUGUCUGCAGCACCAUUGCUCGUUCUUCAAGCUGUUUUCCGGUCUCAAGUUACCACUAAACAGACUUUGUUGAGGACUGUUACUCUCAUCACACCUUUCUAUAUGUGGUUUGCUAUUUUCACCGUCCAGCCUCACAAGGAAGAGAGAUUCAUGCAUCCUGCGUAUCCGUUCUUGGCUCUCAAUGCCGCCAUUUCGUUCCACAUGGUUCUGUCCUACGUUGGAUCCAGCAACUCGAAAGAGGCUAUCGGACGCGUUCCAGCGCCGUUCAAGCUUGCCGUGGUGUUGUCAUUGGUCCUCGUUGCCAUAAACUCGGGUUUGCUCCGGAUUACCGGGAUGAUCACGGGAUACAACGCUCCUCUGAAGGUGUUUGAGCCAUUGAAGGAUCUGGAUAUUACUUAUGCCGGUCAAUCGGUUUGCUUCGGCAAGGAGUGGUAUCGAUUCCCCUCGUCGUUCUUCCUUCCCAAUGACAUGCGGGCCAAGUUUAUACGGAGCGAGUUCCGGGGACUUCUUCCUGGAGAAUUCCCCGAUGCCACAAACUUUCAGGCUCUUCUAGAUGGCACAUCGCAGAUUCCAGCCGGAAUGAACGAUCUAAACGAGGAGGAUCCUGAGAAAUACGUCGACAUCGCGCAGUGUUCUUUCCUCGUUGAUUCGCAUUUCCCCGAGCGAGUCGCAACAGAACUAGAACCUCAUUAUAUAGAUGACGAAGCGCAGUGGGAGAAGCUUUCUUGCGCUUCUUUCCUUGAUGCUUCCCGAACAAGCAUCUGGGGCCGUUUGAUCUGGAUCCCUGAUCUGCCCUUCGUUCCAGAGCGCUUCCGUCGUCAAUGGGGACAGUACUGUCUCCUCCAACGACGGGAUCUAAAAUGGGCACCUUUGGAUUUCAAAAGACCAUCCGCAUCCCCAUAUCCAGACUGGAACGUUCACACAACAAAGCCAAUCCCCUACCGACCUUUCAGAUAUGGCCCAAAGUAUUUUAUCACUAUGGGCUUGAGAAGCAUGAACUGGGAUGAAUGGAUAGAACUCGAUAAUCACUAUCUGCGAUAUCACGCUGACAAGGCACGUCGGAUCCAAGAACGAGGCACAAAAUGCUAUGGAACCGCGCCCGAAGCAAUGGACGGAGCGAUUGAGCUGCUGGAGGAGCUCUGCUCCUACCUCCCAGAACGAUAUCCCUCAAUGUUCCAAAAGACAGAAACCGGAAUCAACAACCUCGUAACAGGAGAAUCCUUCAACAUCGUACAAUGCCCACUACCAGAAGACCCGAUGGCCACAGCCGCACGUCUCGUCCAAGAUGACCUCGCAUUAAUGUUCGAGAAAGAAGACGGCGAGUACUACCUCCUCGCAGGCGCAAUCCUCCUCGCCGGCUUCUGGCGCCUCGAAGACAAAUUCGGGAUGCGACUAUCCGAAAUCCACACCUCCGGCGACGUGCCCCAAUACCGCGAGAAACUCGAAAAGGGAAUGAUGAAUUUCUUCCGUCGUCUUAAACCCGAAGACCCCGUUCUCCGGAAUAACUACUUCAUCCAAGUCGACGAUAACCUGCCCUGGUCGCAUAGUAUCGGGUCCGAAGACGCGACUGAAGUCUCGUGGAGCACGGCGCAGAAGAACAAGGCUAUCGAGCACCACUUCUUCCGGUCGGAGAGGCAGUCGUUGCGUCGUCUUCCACGGUCUGGGGCGGUGGUUUUCACCAUUCGGACGUAUUUUGAGCCCAUCACGGAGAUCGUCAAGGAGCCGUAUGUUCCUGGUCGGCUUGCGUCUGCGAUUCGGAGUUGGGGUGAUGAUGUGUCGCGGUAUAAGGGUAAGGAGAGGUAUGAGGAGGUUCUGCUGGAGUAUCUUGACCAGAAACAUGAAGAGCAGGUGGCUGCUGGGCUGGAUUUGGAGAAGGAGGAAGAAGUUCGAAGUUAUCCUUUGUGA